AUGCCUUUCACGGCACGCCGUUCACCUCCACCAAAUGCUAAAAUGGACAUGACAUCGGAAGAACGAGAUCAGCGAACCGUCUUCAUUCUGCAGAUUGCAAAGGAAACUCGACCACGUGACCUGGAGGAAUUCUUCUCUAGCGUUGGGCAUGUGCGUGAUGUGCGUAUUAUCACGGACUCCAAAACGAGACGUUCAAAAGGAAUUUGCUACGCCCUCGCACUGAAUGGACAGAAGUUAUUGGGAGCACCGUUAGUGAUCCAGCCAACUCUGGCUGAACGAAAUCGUGCUGCAAACAAUACAGUUGGGGGAACUCUUGGCUUUGGCCCAACAAACACGACUGGUCCACUGAAGCUUUAUGUGGGCCAGCUGCACACAAGUAUUACCGAGGACAUGUUGGGCAGGAUCUUUGAUCCAUUCGGAAAGGUGUUUUUUCGGUUAGAAACGAAGAACUUAACGAACUCUUUCCAUCGGCUAGUUUUGGGUGGGGCUGGUUUCUUCGAAGAGACUUUUUUAUGGUAA